AUGUCACCAAAUGAUAGCUCACUGGAAAUCAAUCAAGCUUUUAUAGCUUUUGGCAGUCAAAUAACAAACAUAACUCUUCGAUGCAAUCAUCAACAAUGCCAUAAUAAUAAUAGAGCUGUAUCAGAAGUGUAUUCAAUAAUGCGUAAUGAAUUUGCUUUACCACUUAAUUGUUUUUUUUUCAAUACGGAUACAACUAUUACAACCACAUUAUCUCCAUCAUCUGGCGCUUCAUUUAUGAUACUUUCACAUGGGCUGAUCAUUUUAUUAGCUAUACAUUCUCUCUUAUUAGUUUUUUUUUGA